UUUCCCUUGGGGUCAAAGCUGGCAUUUUAUUUUCUCUCUCUCCUCUCUCUCUCUCUCUCUCUUCCCUUUAUUUACUCUCUCCGCCAUUUCUGCUUCACAUUUCAAAUCUCUCCCCCACUCUCUCCGCCUCCCCUAGAGAGAGAGCAAAAAAAAAAACAGAGCCCCCAAAGGCCUGAGGGAAGAGCCCCCAGAAACGACAAUGGCGGUUUCUUCCCAAUACUCCUCUUCCUCUUCCAUUGACAAGAAAAACUGGUGGCUCACCAACAGAAAGAUUGUUGAUAAAUACAUCAAAGAUGCAAGAACCCUAAUCGCUACUCAAGAACACAGAGAGGUUUCCGCCGCUCUUAAUCUCAUCGAUGCGGCUUUGGCUCUCUCUCCUCGUCUUGAACAAGCCCUCGAGCUUAAAGCUCGAGCUCUGCUCUGUCUUCGCCGGUUUAAAGAUGUCGCCGAUAUGCUACAGGAUUAUAUUCCUAGUUUCAAGAUUUCCGGCGAGGAUUCCGUCGGCUCUGAUGGCUCAUCCCAACAGCUCUCCAAGGACAGAGUUAAGCUUCUUGGCUCGGCCGAGUCACAUGGUUGUGACUCGUCGUUUAAAUGCUUCUCUGUUUCUGAUUUGAAGAAGAAGGUCAUGGCUGGGCUGUGUAAAAAUGGCAACAAAGAAGGGCAUUGGAGAUACUUGAUUUUGGGACAAGCUUGUUGUCAUUUGGGGCUGAUGGAAGACGCCAUGGUUCUACUUCAGACCGGAAAGCGGCUAGCUACAGCGGCAUUCCGCCGCGAGAGUAUAUGCCGGUCGGAAGAUAGCUUCUCGCUGUCUGAUUUCCCUUUCUCCAGUGACAUUUCGACUACGAAUCCACCGAAUACGCCGCCACGAGCCCUGUCGGAUUCGGAAACAAUCAGUAAUCUCCUUAGCCAUAUUAAGCUUUUGAUUCGCCGGAGGACGGCGGCUCUUGCUGCUCUUGAUGCUGGUCUGUAUUCUGAGGCUAUUCGCCAUUUCAGUAAGAUUGUCGAUGGUCGUCGUGGCGCGCCUCAAGGCUUCCUUGCUGAAUGUUACAUGUACCGUUCCUCUGCUUAUCGAUCGGCUGGUCGAAUUGCUGAGUCGAUUGCGGAUUGUAAUCGAACAUUGGCACUUAAUCCUAGCUGCAUUCAAGCAUUAGAGACCAGAGCUGUGCUGUUCGAAUCGAUUCGAUGCUUACCGGAUUGUUUGCACGAUUUGGAACAUUUGAAGCUUCUGUAUAAUACCAUAUUGAGAGACAGAAAGCUGCCGGGUCCAGCUUGGAAGAGACAGAACAUGAGAUACAGAGAGAUUCCUGGGAAGCUAUGUGCAUUAACAGUGAAAAUUCAAGAAUUGAAGCAAAGGGUUGCUUCAGGAGAAACUGGGAAUGUGGAUUACUAUUCAUUAAUCGGGCUCCGACGCGGUUGUUCGAGGUCGGAGUUGGAGAGGGCUCAUUUGCUGCUAUGUUUACGACACAAACCCGAUAAAGCUAUGAACUUUAUCGAGCGAUGCGAGCUUUCAGAUGAUCGUGAUCUCGAUUCGGUUCGAGACAAGGCAAAAAUGUCAGCAUUGCUGCUAUAUAGAAUGCUGCAGAAGGGGUAUUCGAGCAUCAUGGCGACGAUCUCCGACGAGGAAGCGACCGAGAAACAGAGGAAGAAGGCUGCAGCUGCAUUACAAGCAGCACAGGCUGCUGCAAUUCAAGUGCAGCAGCAGCAGCAGCAGCAGCUACUACAAGCUCAAGAAUGUCACCUAGAAAGGGAGCUCAUCAAAGCAGCGUUAAGAACGCCGUCGAAGCCUAUGAAAACCGAACGAAUCGGGGCAUCGGACAACAAAUCGUCGACGGAGAAAUCGACAUUCCAAGGAGUAUUCUGCCGUGAUCUCACCGUAGUUGGUAAUUUGCUAUUGCAGGCCGGAUUAAACCGACCGCUGCCAGUGAAGUACGAGGCACUGAGCUGCUGAAUUCACGACCAAAUCUAAAUGUAAAACAUGGGCUUUGGAAAUCUUGAGGUUCUUUUUAUUAUUGUACAAACAAAAAAGCUAAAAAGAAAACAACUUUCAAAUUAAUGUCGUAAAAAUUUUGGUCUCUGUUCUUCACUCUGUUCUUCAUUUGUACUGUUUUUUUAAGAACUUAAUGUACAGAAUCAUUAUCAGUU